AUGAAGCCCAUUAAUUUCAAGACCAGUGGGUCAAAGGAAGUAAGGCCGCGACAGCAUGCUGUGGAAUGUGAUUCCUGCCAUCGCUGGCAACACCGCAUUUGCGGAACAGGAAUUUCCCUUGCUACGUUUCGGGAGGCAACAAAGAAUGAGGCGGGGUUGACGUUUGUGUGCCGUCCGUGUCUGCAGCUAUCCACUACAGUUGAAGAUGCCGACAUGCCGACGCUAGAACGGACGAUGCCAGUGGAAGAGAGAACUCCGACGACGAUUCCGAGAUGCCUUCUCUUAAACCCAGCGUGUUACCAGACGACUCAGCGUACGCGUACGACACUGAUUAUAUCCAUAAUUGAUUUUUAGCUCACCUGUCACUUUGUGACAAGGUGAGCUUUUGUGAUCGCCUUUUGUCCGGCGUCCGUCGUGCGUCGUGGGUAGUGCGUCGUCCGUCAACAAUUUACUUAAAAGACAUCUCCUCCUUAACCGCUGGGCCAAUAUUAAUAAAACUUCAUAGGGAUGUUCCUUGAGUGGUCUUCUAUCAAAGUUGAUCAAAGAAUUCAAUUCCAUGCAGAACUCUGGUUGCUAUGGCAACCAAAAGGAAAAACUUUAAAAAUCUUCUUCUCCCUAACCACAAGGCUUAGGCCGUUGAUAUAUGGUAGGUAGGAUCACCAAAUGGUCCUCUACCAAGAUUGUUCAAAUUAUGGCCCUUGGGUCAAAAUUGGCCCCGCCCCGGGGGGUCAUGGGUUUUCUCUAUAUGUUUAUAGUGAAAACUUAAAAAAUCUUCUCCUCUGAACUUACUUGGCCUAGAGCUUAGAUAUUUGUAAUGAUUCAUCGUCUAGUGGACCUCUACAAAGUUUGUUCAAAUUAUGGCCCUGGGCUCAAAAUUGGCCCCGCCCCGGGGGGGUCAUGGGUAUGCUCUAUAUGUUUAUAGUUAAAACUUCAAAAAUCUUCUCCUCUGAACUUACUUGGACUAGAGCUUAGAUAUUUGGCAUGAUUCAUCGUCUAGUUGACCUUUACAAAGAUUGUUCAAAUUAUGGCCUUGGGGUCAAAAUUGGCUCCGCCCUGGGGGGGUCAUGGGUUUUCUCUAUAUGUUUGUAGUGAAAACUUCAAAAAUCUUCUCCUUUGAACUUACUUGAACUAGAGCUUAGAUAUUUGGCAUGAUUCAUCGUCUAGUGGACCUCUACAAAGACUGUUCAAAUUAUGGCCUUGGGGUCAAAAUUGGCCCCGCCCCGGGGGGUCUUGGGUAUACUUGAUAUGUUUAUAGUUAAAACUUCAAAAAUCUUCUCCUCUUAACUUACUUGGACUAGAGCUUAGAUAUUUGGCAUGAUUCAUCGUCUAGUGGACCUCUACAAAGAUUGUUCAAA